AGUUUCUCAAGCCGCGACGCUGGGCAGUCAGACGGCGGUGGCCCCGGGGAGGCGUCCGUGCGGGCUUCAGCUGCUGUCAGUUUCCUCCCGCUGCCGCUCUUGAUGCCUAGCCGGGUCGCUGCGUGAUGGCGCGGCGGAGCGGCGCUGUGCGGCUGGCGGCGGCCGCGUCUUGCGCUGAGGUGCGUCGGUGCCCGGCCUCCCGCGCCCCCGCGCGCCGCGCCUCCUGCUGACCGCCAGCCGGCCUGCCCGGGGUCCGCAUCGCGGCUGAGGAAACUUGAUAUAACUUCAGAAGAAGACUUGAUUCCUCGUCUCUGGAUUGGGUGUAUCCCAAGGCCAUCAGGAUGUCGGGAGCCUCGGUGAAGGUGGCUGUCCGAGUGCGGCCCUUCAACUCGCGGGAGACCAGCAAGGAGUCCAAGUGCAUCAUCCAGAUGCAGGGCAACUCCACCAGUAUUAUUAACCCAAAGAACCCAAAGGAAGCACCAAAGUCCUUCAGCUUUGACUACUCCUACUGGUCUCACACCUCGCCUGAAGACCCUUGCUUUGCAUCUCAAAACCGCGUGUACAAUGACAUUGGGAAGGAAAUGCUCCUGCAUGCCUUUGAGGGCUAUAAUGUCUGUAUUUUUGCCUAUGGGCAGACUGGUGCUGGGAAAUCCUACACAAUGAUGGGUAAACAGGAAGAAAGCCAGGCUGGCAUCAUUCCACAGUUGUGUGAAGAGCUCUUUGAGAAGAUCAAUGACAACUGUAAUGAAGAGAUGUCUUACUCUGUAGAGGUGAGCUACAUGGAAAUUUACUGUGAGAGAGUGCGAGAUUUGCUGAACCCCAAAAACAAGGGUAACUUACGUGUGCGCGAACACCCACUUCUCGGCCCCUACGUGGAAGACCUGUCGAAGCUGGCGGUCACUUCUUACACAGACAUAGCUGACCUCAUGGACGCUGGGAACAAAGCCAGGACAGUGGCAGCUACCAACAUGAAUGAAACAAGUAGCCGUUCCCAUGCUGUGUUUACUAUUGUUUUCACCCAGAAGAAACAUGACUCAGAGACCAACCUUUCCACUGAGAAGGUCAGUAAAAUCAGCUUGGUGGAUCUAGCAGGAAGUGAACGCGCUGAUUCAACUGGUGCCAAAGGAACUCGAUUAAAGGAAGGAGCAAAUAUUAACAAGUCUCUUACAACUUUGGGAAAAGUCAUUUCAGCCUUGGCAGAAGUGGAUAACUGCACCAGCAAGAGUAAGAAGAAGAAGAAAACUGAUUUCAUUCCUUACAGAGAUUCUGUACUUACAUGGCUUCUUCGAGAAAACCUAGGUGGCAAUUCUCGGACUGCCAUGGUUGCUGCUCUGAGCCCAGCAGAUAUCAACUAUGAUGAAACCCUGAGCACUCUGAGAUAUGCAGAUCGUGCGAAACAGAUUAAAUGUAAUGCUGUCAUCAAUGAGGACCCCAAUGCCAAACUGGUUCGUGAGUUAAAGGAGGAAGUAACACGGCUGAAGGACCUUCUUCGUGCUCAGGGCCUGGGAGACAUUAUUGACAUUGAUCCGUUGAUCGAUGAUUACUCUGGAAGUGGAGGCAAAUAUCUGAAAGAUUUUCAGAACAAUAAACAUAGAUACUUGCUUGCCUCUGAGAAUCAACGCCCUGGCAAUUUCUCCACAGCGUCCAUGGGGUCCCUCACUUCAUCUCCAUCUUCAUGCUCACUCAGUAGUCAGGUGGGCCUGACGUCCGUGAGCAGCAUUCAAGAGCGGAUCAUGUCUACACCUGGAGGAGAGGAAGCCAUUGAGCGUCUGAAGGAAUCAGAGAAGAUCAUUGCUGAAUUGAAUGAAACCUGGGAAGAGAAGCUUCGAAAAACAGAAGCCAUCAGAAUGGAGAGAGAGGCCUUGUUGGCUGAGAUGGGCGUAGCCAUUCGGGAAGAUGGAGGAACACUGGGGGUUUUCUCACCUAAAAAGACUCCACAUCUUGUUAACCUCAAUGAAGACCCACUGAUGUCUGAAUGCCUACUGUAUUACAUCAAAGAUGGAAUUACACGGGUUGGCCAAGCAGAUGCCGAGCGGCGCCAGGACAUCGUGCUGAGUGGGGCCCACAUUAAGGAGGAGCACUGCAUCUUCAGGAGCGAGAGAAACAACAGUGGGGAAGCUAUCGUGACUCUGGAGCCCUGUGAGCGCUCAGAAACCUACGUGAAUGGCAAGAGGGUAGCCCAGCCUGUUCAGCUCCGCUCAGGAAAUCGUAUCAUCAUGGGUAAAAACCAUGUUUUUCGUUUUAACCACCCGGAGCAAGCGCGGGCUGAGCGGGAGAAGACUCCUUCUGCUGAGACCCCCUCUGAGCCUGUGGACUGGACAUUUGCCCAGAGAGAGCUCCUAGAGAAACAAGGCAUCGAUAUGAAACAGGAGAUGGAGAAAAGACUACAGGAGAUGGAGAUCCUUUACAAAAAGGAAAAGGAGGAAGCAGAUCUUCUGUUGGAGCAGCAGAGACUGGACUAUGAGAGUAAAUUGCAGGCCUUGCAGAAGCAGGUGGAGACCCGAUCCCUGGCUGCAGAAACAACUGAAGAGGAAGAGGAGGAGGAAGAAGUUCCUUGGACACAACAUGAAUUUGACUUGGCGCAGUGGGCCUUCCGCAAAUGGAAGUCUCACCAGUUCACUUCGUUACGGGACCUGCUCUGGGGCAACGCCGUGUACCUGAAGGAGGCCAAUGCCAUCAGCGUGGAGCUGAAAAAGAAGGUGCAGUUUCAGUUCGUUCUGCUCACUGACACGCUGUACUCCCCGUUGCCGCCUGAGCUGCUUCCCACUGAGCUGGAGAAGACUCACGUGGAUAGGCCUUUCCCUCGCACAGUGGUGGCUGUGGAAGUCCAGGAUCUGAAGAAUGGAGCCACACAUUAUUGGUCUUUGGAGAAACUUAAGCAGAGGCUGGAUUUGAUGCGAGAGAUGUAUGAUAGGGCAGGGGAGAUGGCCUCCAAUGCCCAAGACGAAAGUGAAGCCACCAUGACCGGCAGUGAUCCAUUCUAUGACCGCUUCCAUUGGUUCAAGCUUGUGGGAAGCUCCCCCAUUUUCCACGGCUGUGUGAAUGAGCGCCUUGCCGACCGCACACCCUCCCCCACUUUUUCCACGGCUGACUCCGACAUCACUGAGCUGGCUGACGAGCAGCAAGAUGAGAUGGAGGAUUUUGAUGAUGAGGCAUUCGUGGAUGACACCGGCUCUGACGCAGGGACGGAGGAGGGAUCAGAUCUCUUCAGUGAUGGGCAUGACCCGUUUUACGACCGGUCCCCUUGGUUCAUUUUAGUGGGAAGGGCAUUUGUAUACCUGAGCAACCUGCUAUACCCGGUGCCCCUGAUCCACAGGGUGGCUGUCGUCAGCGAGAAGGGUGAGGUGCGGGGAUUUCUGCGCGUGGCAGUCCAGGCCAUUGCAGCGGAUGAAGAAGCUCCGGAUUAUGGGUCUGGAAUUCGACAGUCAGGAACGGCUAAGAUAUCUUUUGACAAUGAGUACUUUAAUCAGAAUGAUUUUUCUUCAGUUGCCAUGACUCGUUGUGGCCUGUCCUUGGAGGAGUUGAGGAUUGUAGAAGGGCAGGGUCAGAGUUCUGAGGUCGUCACUCCUCCAGAGGAAAUCAAUCGAAUGAAUGACCGGGAUCUGAAGUCAGGUACUUUGCUGGAUGGUAAGAUGGUGAUGGAAGGGUUUUCCGAAGAGAUUGGCAACCACCUAAAACUGGGCAGUGCCUUCACCUUCCGAGUAACGGUGUUGCAGGCCAGUGGGAUCCUCCCAGAGUAUGCGGAUAUCUUCUGUCAGUUCAACUUCUUGCAUCGUCAUGAUGAAGCAUUCUCCACUGAACCCCUCAAAAACAAUGGCAGAGGAAGUCCCCUGGGCUUUUACCAUGUGCAGAACAUUGCGGUAGAGGUCACAGAGUCAUUUGUGGACUAUAUCAAAACCAAGCCUAUUGUAUUUGAAGUCUUUGGGCAUUAUCAGCAGCACCCACUUCAUCUGCAAGGACAGGAGCUUAGCAGUCCGCCUCAGCCUUCUCGCCGAUUCUUCCCUCCGCCCAUGCCACUCUCCAAGCCAGUUCCAGCCACCAAGUUAAACACCAUGAGCAAAACCAGCCUCGGCCAGAGCAUGAGCAAGUAUGACCUCUUGGUUUGGUUUGAGAUCAGUGAACUGGAGCCAACAGGAGAGUACAUCCCGGCUGUGGUUGACCAUACUGCAGGCCUGCCCUGCCAGGGGACAUUUUUACUUCACCAGGGCAUCCAGCGGCGGAUCACAGUGACCAUCAUCCACGAGAAGGGGAGUGAGCUUCACUGGAAAGAUGUCCGGGAGCUGGUGGUCGGCCGCAUUAGAAAUAAGCCUGAGGUGGAUGAAGCUGCGAUCGACGCCAUCCUCUCCCUAAACAUCGUCUCUGCCAAGUACCUGAGGGCUUCGCACAGCUCCAGCAGGACCUUCUACCGCUUCGAGGCCGUGUGGGACAGCUCCCUGCACAACUCCCUUCUUCUGAACCGUGUGACACCCUACGGAGAGAAGAUCUACAUGACCCUGUCAGCCUACCUGGAGCUCGACCACUGCAUCCAGCCCGCGGUCAUCACCAAGGACGUGUGCAUGGUCUUCUAUUCCCGAGACGCCAAGAUCUCACCACCACGCUCUUUGCGCAGCCUCUUUGGUAGUGGUUACUCCAAGUCACCAGACUCGAACCGAGUCACUGGGAUUUAUGAACUCAGCUUAUGCAAAAUAGCAGACACAGGUAGUCCAGGCAUGCAGAGGCGGCGCAGGAAAGUGCUGGACACCUCGGUGGCCUACGUGCGCGGGGAAGAGAACCUGGCUGGCUGGCGGCCCCGCGGGGACAGCCUCAUCCUGGAACAUCAGUGGGAGCUGGACAAGCUGGAGCUGCUGCACGAGGUGGAGAAAACACGGCACUUCCUGCUGCUGCGAGAGAGACUUGGUGACAGCAUCCCCAAAUCCCUGAGUGACUCGCUGUCCCCCAGCCUCAGCAGUGGGACCCUCAGCACCUCCACCAGCAUCUCCUCUCAGAUCUCAACCACCACCUUUGAGAGCGCCAUCACCCCCAGCGAGAGCAGCGGCUAUGACUCAGCAGACAUCGAGAGCCUGGUGGACCGUGAGAAAGAGCUGGCCACCAAGUGCCUGCAGCUGCUCACCCACACUUUCAACCGAGAGCUCAGCCAGGUGCACGGCAGCAUCAGUGACUGCAAGCUGUCUGACAUCUCCCCAAUGGGACGGGACCCCUCUGUGUCCAGUUUCAGCAGUGCCACCCUCACCCCAUCCUCCACAUGCCCCUCUCUGGUCGACUCCAGGAGCAACUCUGUGGAUCAGAAGACCCCAGAAGCCAAUUCCCGGGCCUCCAGUCCCUGCACAGAGUUCGAACAGUUUCAGAUCGUCCCAGCUGUGGAGACGCCCUAUUUGGCCCGAGCAGGAAAACAUGAAUUUCUCAAUCUCGUUCCAGAUAUUGAAGAAAUCCGACCAGGCUCAGUGGUCUCUAAGAAAGGAUACCUGCAUUUCAAGGAGCCACUUUCCAGCAACUGGGCCAAGCAUUUCGUCGUGGUCCGUCGCCCGUACGUCUUCAUCUAUAAUAGUGACAAGGACCCAGUGGAACGUGGCAUCAUUAACCUGUCCACGGCCCAGGUGGAGUACAGUGAGGACCAGCAGGCUAUGGUAAAGACGCCCAACACCUUUGCCGUGUGCACAAAGCAUCGCGGGGUCCUUCUGCAGGCUCUCAAUGACAAAGACAUGAACGACUGGUUAUAUGCCUUCAACCCGCUCCUGGCUGGCACGAUACGGUCAAAGCUGGCCCGGAGAUGCCCGAGCCAGCCCAAGUACUGAGAUAAAGGAGGAGAUAAAGGAAGCGUUACCUCUCGUUCUCUCUGUGGUUCUUGAUGGCUGCUCUUGUAUGUAACCUGUGGCUUAACUACUUGCCCUCCUGUCAGGCACUUUUUCUACUCUCCUGUCCCCAUCCCUAUGGCUCUGUGCUCCUCUUUUUUCUUGUGCUGAGAAUCUUGUUAGUAGCAUGUGGCCUAACAAAAUGAAAACAGAUUUUUAAAACUCAGAAACAACCCCACACAUGAACACACGCCCCCCACCCCGCUCCCCGUGAGGCUAUCCACUGAAUUACUUCUUGGUGCGCUUUGGCUUCCUUUUGUGUGGUAGGUCCCCAUCAUGACCAUCACUGGUGUCUGUCAUCUUUGGAUACCUGUGUCUUUCAGGGUAGCUUUUUCUUGUUCUCUGUGACGUCACUUUAGUUUUCUUGGGUGGCUUAGAGACUGAGGAAGGCCAUUCUGGCCCUGUUGGAGCCCAGGCAAGAAACCCGCUUUUCUCCAGCUGUCUCCCUUUGCCACGGCACAGCCCUGCAUUCCCAUCAGGGACAAGGUUGAGGUGAACACAGGACAGUUACCGUCUGAGGCCCGUGACUCAUGGGAGGUAGUGACGGGGUUGUCCUAGAGCAAGAAGACAAGAGAGGCCUCCAGGAGGCCUAGGACAGUGGCUGCUGCUGGCCCAUGAGAAGUGUGGCACUGGCCUCGAGGACAGCGGUCAGAAGACACCUGUGCUUCCCUACAGCAGGGUCCCAUGAGAAAGGGGCUGCUCUCCAGAGGUCCUGGGGUCUCCUCCGGGCAUCGUUGAGGGUCCUGGCACCAUGCCACGUGCACAUGUGCCACGGGGGGUGCUUUGCUGCCAGUGGUGGCCUCAGUGAUCCUUGUUGACAUUAUGGUGGCUUGUGAGAGUGGUAACAACUCGCCUCCAUCAAAGAAACACAGCUUCCAGCAGAAACUUAGACGUCUCCUCUGCAUGCGGUGUCAGUUCCCAGUCACACCACCUCCAAGGCGCCAGGAAGCAAUGUGGCAGCCACCAAGCACGGGACAGAAACAGGCUGGCUGGGACCCUGCCCCGCCCCCCAGCGCUCUGCUUGUCGUCUGCUUCUCUCUCGUCCGUUUCCUCCAAGUGGCACGAAGAUGCUGCCCACGAAGGGAAGCGAGCUUGCUGCCACCACCAGGUCUUCUUUUCCUCCAGCAGACCGAGUCCUCUGGCCUGGGCCACCACAGAGGCCAGCUCUUCUGGCUGCAGUGUGUUCCACAGGGUGACCCGGCUGGGCCACUGCAGUCCCGUGCCUGGCUCUCAGUCCUCUCAUGCCACCUUGCCCUGCUGCCCUUCCCUGCUGCAUCACCGUCAGGAACACUGUGCUCCUCCAGCUCCAGGGGACCCAGGGCUCCUGGCCAUGCUGGGGACUGGGGCUGGGCUGCUCCCCUGUAGAGCUCCUGUGCCAUCCCUAAGGACAGAGGCAAAGGGAGCCCCUGGCAGCGGGGGACAGGGCAGUGCCGAGAGCUUCGUGUAGAAAGGGCUAAAUCAGCCGGCCCUGAGCUAAAAGUGAACAGCAGAAACUCUGGUGGAUUUUAUCUUUCUCCCCUUAAAAUGUAGGUCACCGACUGUAAUGUUUUCAUUUUCUGAGUGUAUGUGAGGUUUCUAAUGUAGCUAGCAGUCUCUGUUCUCUAAGACACACAGUGCCCCUCUGGCAUCUACUCAGAUCUGCUUCCAGGCAGCUUCCUGGGCUGGAACUAAAUCUAAGACUAAUAUCAGGGAAAUGAAGAUGGACUCAGAAGGUUACUUGUACAGUGAACUCACUGGUGUUGCUGCUGCUGCUAUGAAGUUGGACCUGGAGCCCGAGGGUCCAUGUCCGGCGGGGAGGUGGGGAGCCUGAGGGAGGAGAAACAGGCGAUGCCCCAAAACCACUUCUGUGCUUUCCUCUAAUGCAAAUGAAACUGGCUUGGAAAGUCUUUGCUUUGGGGGCAUGUGACAUCAGAAGGACCAGAGCUGGGCCAUGUUCUUGGCACCCACAGGCAGCGGGACUGUAAGGAGGCGACAUAAGUGGGUGUGCAGUCCUGCAGGGCCCCUGUGUGCUGCCCUCCCUGCACCCUGCACCCCAGGCCCGGUCACAUGGGCCAGAAGCAGUGUCAGGACUGAUGAUCCCAGCUCGCUUCCAGGCUCUGGGAUGGGACAGGAGGGGACAGGGUUCCCAGCAGGAACUGCAGGAGGUGCCAGCUGUAGCCAUGGUGGCAGGAAAGUGAAUAAACCUAACCUCUAAGGAAACCACCUUUGAAGGUAGUGUUUUACUAAUUCUUUUUCUUAACCCUAAACAAACAAGCAAAGAAACAAGAAACUCUUCUACAGAAGCGUUUCUUACAGAGAGAUGAGUGCUGGUUAACUCUACCAUCCCUUCCUUCUCUCUACUCCCACCCUCCUUUCUUUACUGAAAGCAGAAUGUGGUCUCGCAGGUGACCCCACGCCAGCACCCGUGGGAGUCUCUGUGCCCGCCGGGAGUCUGUCAGCUCUGCGGUGGGCUGUGUGGGGCCGGCCAGCCUCACGGCCAGGUAGCAUCCUCCCCAUUAGAAGCCCCCAUUAUCUGGCACCCCCCUUCCGCUACAUAGCUGUCCUAUUUUGGUUGGGUUUUGUAACUUAUUUAGAUGGAGGAAAGAAUGAGCCCAUCGUGAAAGUCUGGAAUCUAAAAUAGGAUGAGUUCUCCUGGCACAUAGUUCAAAGCAAAGACUUCAUUGCCUGCUGCUUGUCGCCUAAUUCCCAGGGCUAUGUAACUUCGAAGGUCUGAGUAUAGUUGCACAGCUGUCAUUAACUACACACUCCCUGGCCAGCAGAGGACGUGCUCACAUACUGCCCUGCCCAGCUCCCAGGGUGGGCUCGAGGGGCCGUCCCUGCCCUCCCCUGGGCUGGGCUCCCUUUCUGAAGUGGCACUGUGAACCUGCUCCUGAGGAAGAGAAGCCUCACUCUGCUGCUGCUCCUGGAAGGUUCGCUGAGGACACUGGAGAACCCGAGGGUGUGCGCCCCAGCUGGCCCCGUGUGGAGCACAUCAGAGGUCACCAGCCGAGAGAUGUGUUGCUGCUGCUGUUCAGAAGGCCAUUUAUGAACUUAGUACCUGAGCCCUAGAAAUCCGCAGGGACGCCCCGUCAGUGAAAGGAGCGAGUUGACGCAGAGCUUGCACCCAGAGCUGGGACGCCGCCCACUGGGGGCGCGCUUGCCCAGAUUGCGCUUGGCCCCGGGGCCUAGGAGCAUCACAGUGGCUACAGGGACAGGCUGUCCACCCCAAGGAUGGGCUGUAGCCAGCCUGGCUGCCAUGCGUUUGUCUUCCGUUCGUCCUUUUCCAUGCUGCGUGUCACCUUAGAACCCACCAGCCUUCUUGUGUCAAAGGCGUCAUCUUCGCCUCCGUGGAGCUGCAGUGCUUGUCUGUUGAGAUUCGCAUCUUGUCACCAUCCUCACAUGCUGUCACAAAACCCCAUGAAGCAUAAGUGGCCUUUCUGAACCAAGACUUUGCAGACUGAUCUCUCCCCAGUGAAGGAGUUGAGCACAUUAGCAACAAUGUACAUUAUUAAUUUUGGAUUUUCAUUUUCAUGUUUUAUUUUGUAAAUAAUCUCUGAUGUUUGGAGCUUGAGUAUACAGAAUGUAAAUACAGUUCUUGUAUUUGUACUAAUUCGGGUUCUUUUGCUGUAUAGCCUUUAGAUGCGCAACGCAGACAUUAUCUAACUGUGUAUGGUAACCUUGCAUCGCGGAGUUCUUAGUGAACGAGGUAAAAUAAUAAAGGUACAACCAGUGCA